CCCUUCGAUCCUACCGGCAAGGCAGCCUACAGCACCACACCCACACCUCACAGUGGCUCCCGGUAGCCGACAGCCUGCCAGGCCAGGACACAGAACAUGCACACACAGUAACCGUAACAACAAACAAACAACGAGACGAGAAGCGGCAGGCCGCAAACCCCACACUCACACACCCAUUCCUACCCACCACUACACUGUGGCUGCCGGAUAAGGGUCUACUAAAGCUUCUCAGCAAACAAGAACGGCUUCCACUACUACUACUACUACUACUACUACUACUACUACUUGCUCAACACUGGCGUGCUACAGUAGUGCUCGAACUCGACCCUGUAUGUGUGUAUGUGCGCGUGUGUGAGUAAAGAGUAGUUUGCUUGUGUUUCUUUUUUUUGGUUUCGCUAACGUCCUUCCUUUCCGGCUGCGUGCGUGUGUGUGUCAGUGUAACAGUGUUUGUGUUUAUUGCGUGUGUGCGAGCGCGCGCGCGCGCGCAUGUGCCAACCUUGGACCCUUUUCCUGUCCUGCCCUCUGCGCGAUCGACGCGAACGCGAACCACUUCAACUUUGCUCUCCCCUCCGAACGACCGGUGUUUGUGUGCGUUUCUGUUCCGCGGUGCUCCCUCGCCCCCUCCCCUCGGCAACGGACGCGCGCGGUUCCGAACGAUCCGACAGUGCGCGAGCUUAACCAGCUGGUAUCGAUUCACCUACUCGAUCAAUCAACGUAAAACCGGAAGAGAAAAGCAGAAAAAACAGAGAAGGAAAGAGAUAGAUAGGAAGAGAAAAAAGAGAGAGCAACAGAGAGAGCAAGAGAGAGAGAGAGAGAGAGAGAGAAGGAAAGAAAGAGAAAAGAAAAAGGAAAGAAAAACGAGCCUGAUGAUGUGUACGAGUAACUCGUGCGCCACUGCCACUGGAUCACCGUCCACGAUGGUCUGCGCCGGAAGCGGAACCGACCGGAAGAAGGAAGUAAAGUGAAGCGUUUUCUAUUCUUCUAACUUCCAAACAAAACCACCACCAACCCCCGACCCCCCCAAAAACAUUCUAUUUUCCCACGAUUACUACUACUACUACUACUACUACUACUAUUACUACCACUACUACUAUUACUACCACCAAAACCAACAACAACAAAAGCGGCAAUGCGUGCUCUUAAAAACCAACUCUAACUCCCUGCACACUUAAACGCUCGCUGGAGAAGCCAUUAAAACCCGUGAACGAGAAGGAAGAAGAAAGUGAGAGAGUAAGCGAGAGAGAGAGAGAGAGAGAGCGUGAGAGAGAGAACGAGAGAAAGAGAGCGAAAGAGAAAGGAAAACAAUAAAUUAAUCUAAAAACAACAACAACAAAACCACAAAACAAAGCAAAACCCUCACUACUCCCUUUGCCAUCCCGCAAAAUCCUCCUCUGAAAAAGAAAAGAAAAAAAAACGAAUCCCUCUUCCACACCCCACCAAACCACAUCCACAUACCUGCGCCCCACACCCUGUUUCCUGUGAGUGAGGAUCGCCCGGCAUGAUGAGGUGCCACUAAACUGCGAAACAAACUGCGAACUGUUAAAUCAAAACGAACGAAUAGAAGAAAAAAAAACCCACUACUACACAACAUUCCCACAUCAACCUGCACACGUACACAGACAAGUUUCGUCCAAGCCACGUCCCUGUUUGCCCAGCUACCACCACCACCCCUUCUCCUAACCAACCCUACCCCCCCCCCCCCCCCCCCCCCCCGGUAAACACCAAUCAACAAUAAACGAACCGAACUAAUAGCGCAAACCGAAUCGCUACCUUUAAUAACCGAAUCAAAUCAAAUCAAAGAGCUUAAAGCCGAAAACCUGUCAAAAGCCGUAAAGCAAACUGACUAAACCGAAACCGAAACAACAGGCAACAACUACUCCAGCAGCACCAACAGCAGCAGCAGCAGCAGCGGUGGGCGUUCGAGCAAGAGAGGUACACACAGCUACUAGGCACUCAGAGCAGAGGGGCAACUGCGGUAGUAAUAGCAGCAGCAGCAGCAGACAGCAUGUGGUAGUGCGGGUCCGAGCCGAGGAUUGCAAAGAAAGUGGCUGUGGCCAACACCAUAACGCUGCACCGGAAACACACCCGAUUUCCAACCCCGCGGUCCCGCAGCUGUUGAACUCCUGCUGACACCUGACCUCAGGCAGGCUGGCCUCGCGCAGGACUCACGAACGGAACGGAAAGCAGAAGUAAAGCAAUCGGCAAGCAGCCGUAGCCAGCCGCAGCAACGCUCUCAAACCCGUUUCGUUCAUAUAAUCCCACAACAACACACGUACACCCACAGCGACAGAGCGCGAUGGUUGAGCGCGCGUACGGGAUGCGUACAAUCAGAAGCAGCCUAGUGUGCAUGGACGUGUGCUACAGUGCCGGUUGUCCGGGAGUCUGCUGACUCGGGAAGCGGAAACGGGAAGCGCAUGCACACAGACAGCAACAGAAGCAGCAACAGCGGUGCAUCAGCAAGCGGGUAAGCGGGGUAACUCGACGCGACGCGAGUUCUACUAGGAGAGAAGCGGCAGCAACAACAUGCACCCCAGAGUGUGACGGACUCGACUCGCAGCAGAGCGCGUUGCAGAGCAGCGCAGUCAGCUCCGCCGACUUCCGCAGGCGCCGACGCAACCAGACGAAGCAGCACGAAAGAAGAACGAGAAGACACGGGGAGCAGAACGCAGAAAGCGCACCAGGCAGCUACAGGAGAAGGGAACAGAGAGCAGUAGACAGAAGGCGAAGGAAGAAGGCAAAAAAGGAACGUACUGAGCCGCAUGCCAGUGGAACGGCACCAGUGCUAGACCACCGGCAGUACCACUGCAAUGGAUCCGACGUACGUGGUGAUGCUGUCGCUGCUGCUGGGGGCGGCGGUGGCGGCGGCGGUGGUAGGGACCGUGGCAUCCCAGGCCUUACACACCCUGCACCACCAGCAGCAGGAGCAGCACUCCGUGGUACCACCCAGCAGCAGCUGGUUAGGGGUAGGGGUGCUGAUCGGUGCCACCUCCACCCUGAUGCUGGCACUGUGGAGCGACCGUCAUCGGCGGUACCACAGCCGUCACCAUCAUCACCAUCACCACCAUCCACACGAAAACCACCACUAUCACCCACCGCACCCGGGGCUGUCCGGUCAGUCCGGUGGUCCGGUAGCCGGCGGGCCGACCCUCCCCGCGGUGAUGAUGCUGAUGUCCGCGGCGAUACGGCGCCCCAUCCGGCACCUGCUACUACCCCUGAUGCUAGGAAUUGCUACCGUUCUGCCAGUAAUCGAUGCCGGCUAUCACGAGAAACGGCUGCUGCACCACCUGCUGGACAACUACAACGUGCUGGAGCGGCCAGUGGUUAACGAGUCCGAUCCGUUGCAGCUCAGCUUCGGCCUAACGCUGAUGCAAAUCAUCGACGUGGACGAAAAGAAUCAGCUGCUCAUCACGAAUAUCUGGCUGAAGCUGGAGUGGAACGACAUGAACGUCCGAUGGAACUCGACCGAGUACGGUGGUGUACGUGACCUCCGGAUACCGCCGCAUCGCCUCUGGAAACCGGAUGUCCUGAUGUACAACAGCGCGGACGAAGGGUUCGAUGGCACGUACCCGACCAACGUGGUGGUGCGCAACAAUGGUUCGUGCCUGUACGUACCGCCCGGUAUCUUCAAGUCGACGUGCAAGAUCGACAUCACCUGGUUCCCGUUCGACGAUCAGCGCUGCGAGAUGAAGUUCGGCUCCUGGACGUACGACGGUUUCCAGCUUGAUCUACAGCUACAGGAUGAGGGUGGUGGUGACAUUAGCAGCUUUAUCACCAACGGCGAAUGGGAGUUGCUGGGUGUGCCGGGGAAGCGGAACGAGAUUUACUACAACUGCUGCCCGGAACCGUACAUCGACAUCACCUUCGCCAUCCUGAUCCGUCGGAAGACGCUGUACUACUUCUUCAACCUCAUCGUACCGUGCGUGCUGAUUGCGUCGAUGGCGCUACUGGGCUUCACGCUACCACCCGAUUCCGGUGAAAAGCUUUCCCUCGGUGUAACGAUCCUGCUGUCACUCACCGUCUUCCUAAACAUGGUGGCCGAAACGAUGCCGGCAACGUCGGAUGCCGUACCACUGCUGGGCACGUACUUCAACUGCAUCAUGUUCAUGGUGGCAUCAUCGGUGGUGUCGACCAUCCUGAUCCUGAACUACCAUCACCGCAACUCCGACACGCACGAGAUGUCCGAAUGGAUUCGCGUGGUGUUCCUGGUGUGGCUACCGUUCAUCCUGCGUAUGAGCCGGCCCGGCGAACCGUAUCCUCAUCCCUGCCGCCCAACGGUCGACGAGAAGAACAAGCAGCUGCAGGAGGUGGAGAUGCGGGAGCGAUCGUCCAAGUCGCUGCUAGCGAACGUACUCGACAUCGAUGACGACUUUCGGUGCAACCAUCGGUGCAGCACACUGCCCCACAACCCCACCUACUACCGGACGAUGUACCGUCAGGGCGAGGAUGGGUCGGUCGGACCGAUCGGUGCCACGGAUACGAUCGGCCGGAGCGCCGGCGCUGGUCUCGGUACGAUUACGGCCGGUGGCGGUGGUGGCGUUGUCGGCGGCGGCGGCGGCGGUGGCCGCCUACACGAGACCGUCUCGUCGCACACCUGCCUCAGCUCGUCCGCCGAGUACGAGCUGGCUCUGAUCCUCAAGGAACUGCGCUACAUUACCGACCAGCAGCUGCGCAAGGAGGACGAGAGCGGAGAGGUAACGCGGGAAUGGAAGUUUGCCGCCAUGGUCGUCGAUCGUCUGUGCCUUAUCAUAUUCACCCUCUUCACGAUCAUCGCCACCCUUGCCGUGCUGUUCUCUGCGCCGCACUUUAUCGUUUCAUAACAACCAUCGGCGAAAACGCUGCAGCCGGGGCCGGCGGGGGUGAGACGAGAUGGGCGACGGCAACAAGAGCACAGUUGUCUGCUGACUGCCUGCUGUUACCAGUGGCGUUGCUACUACUCCUACUACUACUACUACUACUACUACCACUUCUACUAGUUACUACAGCCAAAACUACAACAAGUACUACUAUUACCACUACUACUACUACUACUACUACUGUUUCUUCUUACACUACUCUUACUGUGGAUCGCGGUGGCCAACACGCAGCAGCAUCCAGAGCAGGCGCUCUGCCUCGGCGUCGGCGAGGUGACAGAAGCAAUAGAACCGAAGCGCGCGCACUUCACGAGACUGCUCACUAAUUUUACUCGACACCGUGCUCGGUCGGGGCUAGGCGCCAGAUGAAAAGCCGUCAGCGUCCCAACCAACAGCUGUACACCGUACGCUGCACAAAUCAUAUCCAACAGCCAGACCCGGAGAGCGCGGAUACAAGAAACGGCUUAAAUGGUGCAGCUCGAUUGAUCGAAUCGUUGGGUUACGCUUUCUCUGAACAACGGUAACGAAGAAUAAAAGAAAACUGAAGCACCUGAAGCUGCGCGAAAAUUCGCUCGGCUCUGUCUGACCCGGUCUGGCGGGUUUGGUUUAACUAUUAGAACUCGUUUUUAACGCCACGCGAAAGGCAACACAACACACACAUACACUUACGCACUGAUAUACACUAGUAAAGCAAUAAGCGAAGAGCGUUACGUACCGUAACGUAAGGGAAUAAAAACAUAAUACAUAGAAGAAGAAGAAGAAGAAGAAGACGAGAAGAAGAAGAAGAAGAAAAAGAAGAAGAAGCAAAAUAAGGAGCACAAGACGAGAAACAAUACGACACAUACUAGUAGCACACGCCCACGAGACACACGCUCGUCUAAUGAAUCCCGGUCGAAAACCCAAUGAUGAAGGCGAUAAUCUUCAUCAAACUCUAUUUCUUAUUCCUGAGAGUGAGAGAGAGAGAAGCAGAGAGAGAGAGAGAGAGAAAGAUAAAAAGACAGAGAGAAAGAGAGAGAGUGAAGGAAUGGGUGAAAGAGAAGCGAUUGCGAGAUGAGAGAAGGCAACGUGAGGAAAAGGUCGUUAAAGGGAGCAGCGCUAGCGGUGGCUUAAGUGUACCAUCGUGACGUUUUCCUACACAGACAGACAGACAGACUGGCGGCACUCACCUUGUCGUUGCCAGCAGGUUGGAUUUCGAGAGGAACUAACUAAACACGAUUACCACUACAAAAACCACAGCAACAAAUAACACUAAAACUACUACAACCACUACUAAAACUGCAAACAACAAGUACUGCUACUACUACCACUACCACUACUAUAACAACAAACUACUAACAACACUGUCACGGGGCAAACUUACUAACCACUUGUUUAACGCCGUUAAUGGCAGCUAAGUCUAGUUACUCAAACUGCUAACUAACUACCUAUCAAAAACACUACUCAGCCUCAAACCAACACUUAAAACCCCUACUACAGCGGCAACAACUCAACUUGCAUUGCAUUGCACCGCCCGAAAUGGCUCAAACGGCGUAAUUACCGCGCGCUGUCGACACGAGACAGGCGAUACGACUCGCGCGAUUGCUCCGAGCAGACCAGCAGAUGUUUUAGAUAAAAAGGAAGAGAAAGCGAAAGUGAACGAAGGAAGGGAGCAUAUGAGAAAACACGAAUAAGAAGUAGAAGAAGAAGAGAAAAGUAUGGGUUGGGAAGGAGUCGUGUCGUGGGAAAGAAAGACGUGUAGCCCAGUUGUAGCGUUGGGAAGGAGUCGUGUCGUGGGAAAGAAAGACGUGUAGCCCAGUUGUAGCGUAGAACGAAAAAAAACCGUAGUGAAACAGUUGAUUCUAGCAGCGACGAGCGCGAGUGAGAAUAAUUUGUAAGCGAUGCAGAAGAAAAAACCGGCAGAUGAAGAAGAAAAUAUUAGAGAAACAAAAAAAACAAGACGGAAGAACGGAGGAACAGUAGGAGCAAAGCAGAAGUGACAGUAACACAUAUGGAAACUCUAAAAAAAAAAAAACAACAAGAACACAGCGAAAGAGAAGAGGUGUGUUUCGUUAUUACGUACGUUACGGGUACUGUUUUUGCGUUGUAGCCCAUUUUCAUGUUAGUGCUGUUUAGUGGAGGUAGAGGGGUUGAGGUUGAAGUUGGAAGGAAGUGUUUGGAUGUGAUGUAGCGAAGGAAUCAAUUACGGCAUAGAAUAUAGACCUAGAAUAGACAGUUUACUAUUAUUAUUAUGCAUUGCAAUAAAAUCAUACUCCAAACCAAGCACGCCAAACACACCCACACAAAAGCCACACAUCUCCCCAAAACACACACUAGGUAGAAAGGGGAUGGGGAAGGGGGCACUCGCUACGCCUGGAACUGAUCGGAUCUGUCCCAAAAGCGGUGUGUCACAAGAUGGCAUCUCAACACUGGCAAGCAACCCAGUUAGCCAACUCUACGACCCCUGCCCCCUCCGUUUCCCUUCUCGUUUUCCUGAUUCAUCCCCCCCCCCCCCCCUCAAAACCCAAGUCCCCCACCUCCUCUCGACCCCCCUUUCUCUCGCAGAUCCCAUUUCCGUCGGGUGCGUCAGCUCCGUAGAUAGUUAACAGAGUACAUAUUCAAAACAAGACAGCCAACCAGCCAGCCCAGCCAGCCAGCGCGUGAAAAGGGGUGGUGGGAGGGAAAAGGAGGUCGAGAAGGUUGAGAGGACAUACGGCGCUACGGGCUUUAGAUUUUGUACCAUAGAUUUAAAUGACGACACUGGGCGGCGAACUGGGGGGGUUUUUUUGCGAUGCGAUCGAAGCGCCUGCCACAUCAAACAUACCACACACAAACACAGACACAUACAGACACACCACACGCAACCAAGAAGAUGAAACGGAGCGCAUGCCGAUGCCCAAUGUGCGUGAGUUAAAACAUCUACUUAAGUUGUUUUUUAUAUUUUUUUUAUUUACUAGACACGGGUGACCGUUCCUGAUGAGGGUCUCUAACAGACUGUUCUUAUUGCUACACAUUGUCGAGGAAUUGGGAAUGGGGGAAGGAAGGAGGUAAGAGAUGCCGCACGGCUCAGGUUGCAGCAGCGGAGUUAACUUGCCCCCCUCUAUUGUUGAGGCUCCGUCCGAAAUGCGUCCGAGAUCGUUGGUAACUCGAACGAGGGCUGUUGUGUUUCAGGUGUAGGUGCCGGUGCGUUUAUGUUUAUGGUGGUUCUUCUUCUAAGCCAGAAUGCACCAACGACGAACACGAUGAUGACAAUAAUUGGUGUGCCGAUCAUAUUGCUUAGUGACCAGGUCCAAGACCACGUUAUACUUUUGGUUUGCAAAUUAAUGUGGUUGAUUUGCUUUCUUAGAUCGGCAUGUAGAUCAUGCAAAUGCUCCAAGCUUAAGUUACUUAUGUUGUAUCUGUUUGAUAUCGGUACGCCAUACAACGGCAAGUGGAUCAUUGUGCCUGGCAUGGUUUUUUCUUCAUUAGUAAUCGGAGUGCUGUUGACCGAAAGUUGACAAUUCUUGUACGAUAUCAGAAACGAUCCAGUUAAGUUUCUUUGGGCGAUGCCACAAGUUCCAUUCAGCAGAAACCAUUCGUCCGUGUUGAUUAACACAUGGUCAUUGUUUAGAGAAAUAAUCUCGAGUUUCGCGGGAUUUAGCACAUGGUCGCAUAUUGCAGAUUGUUUCUCCAGGAGCUUCGGUAUGCAC